CCCCAGUACUUCUUCCUGCCAUGGCAGGGGCUCGGAAUUGAUGAUCUGCUAAGGUCCCUUCCGACCGACCAACUAUGAAACUAUGAAUUACACUGAUAUAAGAUAAAUGUUAUCCAUGCAGAAGUGUGUCCAAUAUCACUACUUUUUGGUACCUUGAAAACAGUUAAAGCAUUUUCUCCUCACUAGUACAUCAUGGAUCACUGCGUUUCCAUGCUUGACCCUGCUGACUGUCAUUUUGAUACCUUUUCUAUACCAAGGACUGGUUGGUGCUUUAUCUCUUGUGAUCAUCCCUCCACCACCUGGAUGACAAGGACCAUCCUCUAUUGAAGGCUUCUCCUAUAGAGGCUUCGUCUAUUGAUGGCAUUCAUCCUAAAUGCCCAUCCUCCCUUGUCCAUCAAGGCCCUAGGAGAUACUUUGAGUUCACAGGAUCUGUUCCCCAAAUCCCAUGUGCUUAUUCUGCAUCAAAUACCCAGUCACUAACCCUCCUUAACCACUGCCCCAAACAGGAUAUCAAGGUCCUACACCUGCUUUAAUCUGCAGCAUCCAGCAAGGACAGGUGGAGCUCUGGGUCUAUGAUGAUGAGGACCAUGGGAAAAUCUCCAUGUCUGAAGACCUGCUGCCAGGAGGUGCCUGGUUAAUGAGCAAAGAUGAGGAGCAGCCUCCUGCGAAAGGGCCUGCAGACCUGGAGCUACCACGGAUGUUCCCAGGGAGUUUGGAUGAGAUGGACUCCCUGAGACCUGAGAAGGAGCAAUGGCACAAGCGUCAGCAUUGGCGCAUCCACCUGAGGAGGGAGACACAUCACUGCACUGGGUUCAGGAAGAACUUCAUGUGCUGGCCAGACCGGUCCCAGCAGCAGUGUGCGCAGAGGGGGACACAGCCACAGCAUGGCACCAACUGUGGGAAGAGCUUAAGACAGCCCUCCGACUUGGCCAAGCACUGGUGCAUGCACGCAAGGGAGAAGCCAGAUCAGUGCUCAUAGUGUGAGAAGAGCUUCAACCUGUCCUUCAACCUGAUUAGACAUCAGCUUAUGCAUAUGGGGGAGAAGCCACAUUGAUGCUCGGAGUGCAAGAAGAGCUUCACCCGAUCCUCCCACCUGGCCCAACACAAGGUCAUCCACACUAAAGAGAAGCCACAUCAAUGCUCAGAGUGUGGAAAGAGCUUCACCCAACCUUCCAGCCUGGCCCAACAUCAGUUUAUCCACACAGGGAAGAAGCCACAUCAGUGCUUGGAGUGUGGGAUGAGCUUCACCCGAUCUUCCACCGUGGCCCUGCACCAGCUCAUCCACAUGAAGGAGAAGCCAUAUCAUUGCUCAGAGUGUGGGAAGAGUUUCAGACAGGUCUCUGACCUUAACAAACAUGAGCUUAUCCACACUGGGGAGAAACCACAUCAGUGCUCGGAGUGUGGGAAGAACUUCAUCCAAUCCUCCACCCUGGCUCGGCACCAGCUUAUCCACAUAGAGUAGAAACACAUUAGCUGUUAGAGUGUGGGAAGACCUUCAACCAAUCCUUCAGCUGGACCCAACACCAACUCAUCCACACAAGUGAGAAGCCACAUCAGUGCUCAGAGUGUGGGAAGAGCUUUAGAGAGGUCUGCAACCUCACCAGACCCCAGUUUAUCCAUACGGGAGUGAAGCUGCAUCAGUGCUCAGAGUGUGGGAAGACCUUCAACCAAUCCUCCAACCUGACUCAGCACCAGCUUAUUCACAGAGGUAAGAAGCCACAUCAGUGCUUGGAUUGUGGGAAGAGCUUCACCCAAUCCUCCAGCCUGGCCUGGCACCAGCUCAUCCACAUAGAGAAGAAAGCACAUAAGCUGUUAGAGUGUUGGAAAUGUUUCCUCCGCUACUCCAAGCUGGCCUAGCACCAGUUCAGUCUCAUAUGGGUGCAUCUGUAAUGCUUCCAGCAAUGCAGGAAGGGCUUGAGGGCGUAUACCUGCUCAGCACCUACUGGUGUUUGCAUCCAGAGAAGUAGCUUCAUGCUGGUGCAGUGCAGCAAGAGUCCACCCACUGUUCAUCCCUGAUAGGGUACUGCAGAACCAUGCCUCAGCGUGAUAAAAAGU